GGAGUCUCCUCCUGCUAGAAAAAAGCCAUCACACUCAUCUUCAUCAUCCUCAUCUUCUUCAAGAUCUUCUUCUCAUUCUUCUCAGUCUCCUGUUAAAGAUGACCCAAGAAAGAAAAGGAUCAAUUCAGUAGAAAAUGAGAAAAGUAGCAAGGACAAAGUUCCUCCAGUGAAAGAAAAAGAGUCGCCUCCUAUAGAAAUAGUCCCAAAGAAAGACUCUGUUCAAAAUAAACGUCACUACCGGACUCAUAGUGACCAGGAGUCAAGCAGUUCAGAAGAUGAAUCCCCAAUCAGGAAAGCAGUUGGUGGAAAGGUUAAGAAAAAAGAUGAUGAAACCAAGAGAAGGAAAAGGUCUUCAUCUUCCUCUUCAAAUUCUUCUUCACGCUCACAGUCUCAUUCUCCAGAUCCUGGAAGAAGAGGGCGCUCUAGUUCUUCACCAAAAGGGAGAAGGGAAUCUUCUCCAAGGCACAGACGUCCUCCUAUUAGAACACAGUCACAGUUUUCUCAACGAAGACGAUCACCUACUCCUGAUCGUUCUCGCCGACGAUCGUCACCAGAAAGAAAUAGGCCUAGAUCCCGUUCUACUGAUAGGAGACCAAUAUCCCCUGUACACAGAGACUUGGAGAAGCUGCGUGAACGCAUGAGAGAAAGAGAAAGAGCUGAAAGAGAGAGAGCAAGAGAAUUGGCAGAAAGAGAACGAGCAGAGAGAGCUAGAGAGAGAGAACGAGCAGAAAGAGCUAGAGAAAGAGAACGAGCUAGAGAGAGAGAGAGAGCAGAAAGAGCAAGAGAAAGAGAACGGGCAGAAAGAGAAGCAAGAGAAAGGGAAAGAUUAAGAGAACGAGCACUAGAGAGAGAAGCAGAAAGAGAGAGAAGUCGUCGUAGGGAGUUCUCUCCCCAAGAAAGAAGAAUGCCAAAUUCACCUGGAGAAAGACGAAGACAACGCUCAGUGUCUCCAGUUCAUCCGAAAAGACAUUUCUCAUCCUCUGAGGAAGAUAAACGGCGGCGCCAGGAUUCCUCUUCACCAGAAGUUAAUCAAUUUAGAAGAGCUGGAUCUAGUCCUAGAAAUCGUAGAAGAUCACCAUCUCCUCAGAACUGGCAAACAAAUAACAGAAAAGAACAAUCUCCUUCUCCUGUUCUUCAAAAAAAUAGGGAUUCAUCAGGGUCGCCUAAACCAGUAAAAAAGCAAUUACAAAAAGUGAGAUCUCCAUCUUCGUCAUCAGCCUCUCCAUCACCCCCUCCUGUCAAGAAAAGAAAGAAAGCUUCACCAUCUGUAUCACCAUCACCAGAAAGACCUAAGAAGCGACAGCGAUCUGUCUCAAACUCAGCUUCACCCCGUAGGAAGCGGAAUGCUGAGCCUGAUGAGGAGGAAGAGGAAGGUGAGGUUAAACCCAUCAUGAAGGAAAGACAGCCAGCUGUUGAAAGUUCUGAAAAGGAGUCUGAAGAAGAGCGUGUGAAAAAGAAGAAGAAAAAGCACAAGAAGCACAAAAAACACAAAAAACAUAAGAAACACAAGAAAAGCAAGAAAGAAGAGGCACCGAGGCAGGGCUCUGAAUCGGGGGACGAGAACUUGGAAGAUCUAGAGAGGAAACUGAGAGAAAAAGCACUGCAGUCAAUGUCCAAGGUACAGGAACUAGAAGUCCAUGAACCUGAGUAAGCAACCAUUUCUGUAUGUAUUGGUUUUCUUGUGAACAGCUACGCUUUUCACCCACUGUCUGGGAUCUUAACAUUUACUUCUCAUUAGGUUUUUACUGAGGUGAUUUGAACAUGUUACUCUUGAUCAUUGAUUUGUGGAUGUAAAUCCUGAUGAAAUAAAGUAGUUUAUGUUGGAAA